GAUCGGAAGGUCUUACCGCGCCGCUAUGAACAGCGUCUUAUGUUUAUUGUUAAAUAAAUUGUAAAAUUAGUUAAUAUCGACAAAAUUUUUGUGUAACAAGUGCGUGUACUGUCAUAAACAUGUUGAUUUUAUUCGAGACCCCGGGAGGUUACGCUAUUUUCAAGUUACUGGAUGAAUCAAAAUUAUCACAAAUUGAUGAUUUGUAUCAAGAAUUCAACACACCUGAAGGAGCAUCUUCUGUUGUAAAGUUAAAGAACUUUGUCAAGUUUGAGGACACAACACAGGCUUUAGCAGCCACCACGGCAGCUAUCGAGGGCAAAAUAUCCAAGCCAUUGAAAAAAGCCCUCAAGAAGUAUGUCAGCAAAGAGGUACAGGAGCAGCUACUGGUCGGGGAUGCCAAACUCGGGAGUGCCAUUAGGGAAAAGUUUGACUUACAGUGUGUAUCCAAUAGUAAUGUUCAAGAAUUGUUGAGAUGCAUCAGAUCACAAAUGGAUAACCUGCUGGCCGGACUCCCAAAGAAGGAGAUGACUGCCAUGGCCCUCGGUCUAGCUCACUCCCUCUCCAGAUACAAAUUGAAGUUCUCUCCAGACAAAAUAGACACAAUGAUAGUCCAAGCGCAGUGUCUUCUAGAUGAUUUAGAUAAAGAAUUAAAUAAUUACAUAAUGAGAUGCCGGGAAUGGUACGGCUGGCAUUUCCCCGAGCUCGGCAAGAUUAUAACCGACAACACAUUGUUUGUUAAGGUCGUCAAACUAAUCGGCACUCGAGACCACGCUUCCAACACAGACUUGUCAGAUAUCCUUCCCGAAGAUUUGGAAGAGAAAGUCAAAGAGGCUGCCGAGAUUUCAAUGGGAACAGAGAUCUCUGAUGAUGAUAUAGUGAACAUACAAAAUCUGUGUGAUGAGAUAAUCUCAAUAAAUGACUAUAGAACACAUUUGACGGACUACUUGAAGGCCAGGAUGAUGGCUAUGGCUCCAAAUUUAACUGUUCUAAUAGGGGAGCAUAUCGGUGCUAGAUUAAUAGCUCAUGCGGGGUCGUUAAUGAAUUUAGCAAAACAUCCAGCCUCCACGGUUCAGAUAUUCGGUGCGGAGAAAGCAUUGUUCCGUGCUUUGAAAACAAAGAAGGACACGCCUAAAUACGGUUUGAUAUACCACGCUCAGCUGGUAGGACAGUGUAGUACUAAGAACAAAGGAAAGAUGUCCCGUAUGCUGGCAGCUAAAGCCGCCCUGGCCACUAGAGUGGACGCUUUUGGCGAAGAUGUGUCAUUUGAUCUCGGAGCUAAACAUAAAGUGAGGUUAGAGAACAGGCUCAGGUUGCUGGAGGAGGGGAACUUGAGGAGGAUCAGUGGCACUGGCAAGGCCAAGGCUAAGUUCGAGAAAUAUCACAGUAAGAGUGACGUGUUCCACUACCCGGUGGACCAGGACAACACCAUCGAGAAGAAGUCCUUCAAGAGGGAGCACUCACCAGAGGAGGAGCAGGGCGCCGCCAAGAAGAUCAAGUUGGAGGAUGGUGUUAAUAAUGGCACCACACCCAAGAAAGAGAAAAAAUCUGAAACAAACGUCGAAGAGGACGGCGCAGACGACGUAGAUGGAGUUGCGCCGACUUCAGAGAAGAAGAAAAAGAAGAAGAAGAAACGCUCACAGUCCGGGGGGGAGGCUGCAGAAGCAGACCAGACUAUAGCUGAGGUGGACACGUCCGCACACGUCGAGACACCCAAAAGUGAGAAGAAAAAGAAGAAAAAACGGCAGUCGCAAGUAGAAGAGGAAUAAAGUUCUCAUACCUCAUGUGGGAGUUGUUAUUUGUUAAGAUUGUUCAUAAUGAAAUCUGGUAACUUCACGGCAGGGAUGUUAUCGAUAUGAAAUUUCGGAUACGGAUAGGUUUCGGAUAUAGGAAUGAUUAUUAUACCGGAUACAGAUAUGAAAUUAUUUCGGAUUAUCCGUUAAUUUCGGUUACGGAUAUUUAUUUUUUAAGGAAUUUCAAAAGCAAAAUACUAAUAACUAAUAAAAUUGUUACAUAACGUGUCUUAAUUAAGCUCCGCUCCUAUCCGAUAUCCGAAACUUAUUUCGGAUUCGGUUACAGUUAUGGAGCUCCCUAACAUUCCUGCUUCACGAAUAUCUGUUGUUUUUCAAAAGACGUUUGAUGGGUAUUUCCGAAUCGAUACAAUAUUGGAACUUUCUAGAAAACGGUUUAUUCCUUCUUAAAAUUUCUGCAAUGCUUUUGCAAUUCCCCUGGCGUUGCCGGUGAGCCGCAAGCUCGUUUGUCCCCUGUGCUAUAAAAAGAGAGUAUCAAUAUCUGCAUUAUUGUGUAAUAUUGACAGUGCUUUGUAAGAGAUCCAAAAUAUUAAAUGCGAAAAUUAUCUGGAAAGUUCUAUCUAUACAUAUACAUGAAAUUGCAGUGUCUGUUUGUAACAUUGAAAUGACCGUUUUUUACUACAUGCAUAUGUAUAUAAAUACGGUACAUAAACCAAAAUAACAGUUUUGUCAGUCUGUCUAUCUGUUUUGGGUAAUCUCUGAAAUGGCUGGAUCGAUUUUGACGGGGCUUUUUUUUGGCAGGUAGCUGAUGUAAUAAGGAGUAACUUGGCUACUGUUAUUUUAGAAAAAUAAAGUUAAUUCCACGGCAUCGCGGGUACAGCUAGUAUAAAUUAAAAAUGGUAUAUAAACUUUAAUGCAUACACAAUAGAGUACAUUGUUCUAUGACUAACUUCUGCCUGCGACUUUAUUCGUGUUGUAUUAAGAUUGGAUAUUAGCAGAUAAUGAGGACGUUACGAGGCUUCAGUUUGAACUCUUUUAAUCCCACCUGCCUGUCGCAACAGGUUCCUCGCAGAUUAUAAAUAACUGAUCGGAAUCUCUUUCAGGGAUAAAUUCACUUGUAUCAAUUGGUACACUACAUAUUCAUUUUGGUGCACACUAUAUGUAUAGUGUAUUUCAGUAUUUGGAGAGGCGUGUAAAUAACAUUUGGGUUUCACUUCAUAUGUACCUAGCAAUUAGGUACGCGGAUGACUCAUGGAUAUACCUACUAAUUAUACUCCUCAAAGGUUCUUCAAUAGAACCAAAGGCCACUGAAAAACGUAAUGCAAAA